AUGCAGAAAUCGCGAAUCUCAGCCUUGACGACGCAGCAGUUUAUCGUAGCAGCAGCAGUAGAAGCAGCAGCGGCAGCAUUCGACGAUGACGGCGUCGAGAAUCUCUCUAAUUGGCUCUCGCGCGUCGUUCGCGAGGCGACGACAGAGCAGCAGCAGCUCGACGCCAUCGCGUCGUGCCUCUUCGUCGCGAACGCCAUGUGCGACUGGCCCGACUCGGACGCGCACAGGCCCAAAGAGAAGUUGGGCUUCGACAUCUUCUGCAAGAUGCCGCCCGUCAAGAAGCUGCUCGCUGCGGAGCGGGCACGCAGGCGCACGGGCGUGCAGCACGCACACGGGAGGGAGGAAGAAAGCAAUGAGUGCGACGCAGGCACCUUCUUUCUGUUAGACGACAGCAGCAGCACGCGAGGCCCCAACACGCCCUGGAACAGCUUCAGCGGGCGCACAAGCUACCCACCAAGGCCCGUCAAAGUCGCUGUGCCGCCCGCCUUCAAGGCACUGCUGCCUGCCAACAGAUGGGACCGGGACGGUCGCCUGCGCACAUCGCUGGGCACGUGCCAUGCUGGACUCAAGCAGCCCGGGCACUCGCCACGCAAGGUUCGCCACUGGCUUCGCACCUCGCAUUCUUCUCUCGUCUCGGUGUCUCCUGACGCUGCUGCUUCUGUCAAUUUCCUCUGCCAGAUCCCUUGUAAACCAGCCACCUUAUUUUCCAUUUCUGCCAUCCGUCACCCGGCCUGCCAGCCACCCUCUCUGAGCGCGUGGAAGUACUACCUCGCCGAGCCCCUCCCACUCUGCCACCGCUCGUGGCGCACGUCACCAGCCGCCAUCGUGUCGGAGCCACAGCCGCCCUCACCUUCAGCGGCACAGAGCGGGGCGGCGCCGCCAGGGCCGUCGUCGUCAUCCCCCCGCUCGUCACCAGGAGACACGGCCUCACAGCCACGCGAUUGCCACUUGCAACCGCUUGUUCUCAUCCACAUCGGCUAUGAGAAGCUGUCGCCAUCCCGCCGCCCCCCUGCUGCCCUUGCCACUGCCUCCGAUCAUCCCGCUCCCGCUCCCGCUGCAACCCCUCCCGCCGGUCCUGCUGUCGUUGCAUCUGGUCCAUCUGCUGGCCAAAGAGUGCGAGGAGAGGGGGUGGUGGGGGCGGAGACGACUCGGGAGGGUCAGUCGAAUGAGAAUGCGCAUGGAUCGGCGAACGAAGGCAGGCGACGUCUGCCGGAGGCGGAUCUGAAUACCCUGUUGCAGGAGUUGGGUGUUGGCCGCAUGAGUCGGCUGCAUCACAUAUUCGACGGGAAUGGAUGGACGCUUAUCCAUUCCGCUGCGCGCCAAGGGAAUACACCUGUGCUGGAGGCGCUAGUGGGGGUGGGCAUGUCGAUUGGAGAGCUGGGCAAAGAUACCCUCACGACGCCAAUGCACCUGGCAGCAUUGGGGGGACAUGUGGAGAGCAUGCAGUUGCUGCGAAGUCAUGGUGCCGACAUCCCAUGCAUCGCAUCUAAUAAUCCCGCACUUCCCUUUAUUGUUGUCCCCACCGCCUCCCUCCACUCUCUUCCCUGCUUCCUCGCCUACUGUCUCCCUCCACUCUCCUCCCUGCUUCCUCGCCUACUGUCUCUCUCCACUCUCCUCCCUGCUUCCUCGCCUACUGUCUCCCUCCACUCUCCUCCCUGCUUCCUCGCCUACUGUCUCUCUCCACUCUCCUCCCUGCUUCCUCGCCUACUGUCUCUCUCCACUCUCCUCCCUGCUUCCUCGCCUACUGUCUCUCUCCACUCUCCUCCCUGCUUCCUUGCCUACUGUCUCCCUCCACUCUCCUCCCUGCUUCCUCGCCUACUGUCUCCCUCCACUCUCCUCCCUGCUUCCUCGCCUUCAGGGACUCCGUUACACCAUGCAGCGAAAGAGCAGCAGUGGGAUGCGGUGAGGUGGCUGGCGCAGCAGGGAAUAAAGCCUGAAGAGGUGGAAAGGCCGGGGGCCAACCCCAAGGCGGACAAGCUGCCUGCUCACCUCAUGGCCCAAGCAGUGCAGAUAGUGCGGGAGGUGUAUGAGUUGGAGGUUUUGUUGACGGAGUGUAUUGUGGAGAAUGGUAACAGCAUGGGAGGGCAUGCCACGGCCGCUGGCAGUUAG